GUGGGAAUGAGCCCUGUGCCUUCCGCUUUGUUUUUGUCCAUUGCUUAUGCGCCAUUCCAGCCGUGGCUCCUGGCGCUUGUCUUGGCCCUGUCGCCUGUUCUUCCCUGUCGGCUGUCAUGACCCUGCCGCCAGGCCGGCCCCCAACCCGCCGGCUAAAUCCAAACAAUCCGAGUGCGAAUAAACACGGGGUGGGCGAUGAUAGAAAGAAGCGAGGUUUGUGGGAGGGAAGCUGAGUCUUGAACUUUAACCCGAACGUCUUCUCUGCGCACGUUUUCCGCCUGGGAUUUCCCGUCUCAUGGCAGUGUCUGUGCCGGGUGCCUUUGAACAUCCGAGAUUCUAGAGACAGCCUGAGCUUCACCAGCAGCUCUGCUCACCCUAAGUCUGUCUCUGUGCAGGUGCUGAGCCAGGAUGGGUUUGGCUGAAGACAAAGUGUACACCCAUAUUACGAGAAACCUCAAGAAGUUCGGGACUAUCCGAGUGGCAUCGCUGGCCGAUUCCCUGACGUGCCUGGUCGAUUCUGACAGAGAUGAACUCCUCGCCCGGGAGGAGACACGGGGCAACCAGGCAGCUGUCUUUAGGUUUUAUCAGCACCUGAGGUGCCGGAGGGGCUGGGUGCAGGAUCUCAUCCAGGCACUGCACCAGAACAAUGCAGGGCACUUGGCUGAUGAGCUGCAGGAAAUCUAUGACACUUGGCAGCCUCGACCUCGUUCCUCAGCUCCUGCUGCUGCCCCCUCCCUUCCCAGUGAUGCCCGUCCCGCUGCCUCCUCCACCAGUGCCCAGACACCAUCCCAGGGGCCAAAUCCUGCCCCCUUGGCUGGGCAGCCACAUCGAGAGCUGCCCAUUGGUGACCAGCCCCGUGCUGCCACCACCACAAGCAUGGAUCUGGAGGCCAGAGUGCCAGUGCAGGAAUCGCUCCCCAAAAAACUCCUGGAGCAGGAGAGUCCCCGGCCAAUUCCACCUGAGAGCAAGGUCCAUGGCGGAGUGAGCGGUGGGCGCAGCGGAGAGGGGAAUCUCUCCCACCCCGCUGGGGCAGCGGGGACAGCAGGGACAGGAGGGGUGGCCGUGCCAUCAGCUGUGUCCCCAGAGCACAGGGACUGGCUGAGCCGCCGGCCGGUGUGUGUGGACAAUGGGUUUUUUGGGAAUGCCAACCACCUGCACCGCGGCACGCCGGGCCUGGCCCUGGGCAGGUCUGUUCCAUCCAGGGAUGCAGGCGCCGCUCACAGCCCCGGGCAGCCCAGGAACGAGCCCGAAGAGAACUCGGAUAUCUCCACAGAGUCACUGCCAAGGCUGGAGGGGGAUGCUCAGGGUAUGGGGCAGCAGCCCCCAAACUCAGUGCCAAAAAAGCAGCCUGUGCCAAGCUCUGGGCAUGGUGAGCCCACAGGCAGCUUUGUGGAUGUGCGCAGCCCCCUCCUCAUACAGGAGCAGUUCGAUGCAGAGAAGAAGCGGGUCGGGAUGCUGCGAGAACACCCAGGGAGUGGAGAUUCUUCAAAGGAAACAACUGCCCUGGGUGCUACACCUGUGCCCAGAGACACUUUCCCAUCCCGUGACACCCCUGUGAAGUCUCUUACGCAAGACAAGAAGCUGCCCAUUGGGAAUACAGCCAGCAACACCCCCUCUGUGCCAGCGAAGGAGAAAGUGCUGCCAGCCUCUGCAAGCCCCGUCCUGGGCACAGCUGCGGUAGGAGGCUCCGAAGGCACGGCGGGGAGAUCGGCUUCCCGGGUGAGCUCUGCCACCAGCAUCUGGGCAUCUCACAGUGAUGAGGAGAGGGAAGAGGAGUUCAGCAAGCCAGGUGUCCUCAUGUCCCCACCUGGGGGCAGCCCAGAGGUGGCCAGCAGAUCCCCAGGCUCUCAGGAGCCCAGCAACCCCUGUCCCAGCACCUCCAGUAGCCUUGGCCUCAGCAGCGACCCCAUCCUGGUGAGCAGGGAUGGCCUGAGCUCAGGAGGAGCGUUCCCCAGAGCAAAGGAGGCAUCUGGAGCAAGCAGAGACUCCUGUCCUGCUCCAGGCUGGGACAGCCCCUCCCUGGGCACCCACGAGGUGCGUGUGGAUCAUCACCCCAGCGUCCAGCCCGGAGCCGGCAGCGAUGGGGUCGGUGCCCUGGGAAGCUCCGUGAAUUUCAGCUCUGGCCGUGGCCCCGAUGCUGCCAGCAGCUCACCUGGGGCCAGAGUCCCCAAGGGAGACAGCAAUGGCCUGUCCCUGCUCUACAUCCUGCCAGCUGUCGGCCUCAUUUCUGCCGUGGCGUUCGCGGUGUACGCUCGGCUGCGGAAAUAGGGAUGGGACGGCA